ACAUUAUUACAUCUGGCAGCACUCUGUGGUUACAGUCGUCUGGUGCGAGUCUUGAUUCGGUUAGGUGUAGAUGUGGACCGGGUAGAUCGAAAUGGGUUUACUGCCCUGCACUUUGCGAGCUGGACUGGCAAACAGGACAUUGUCCACACCUUACUCCAGACGUCUGCGGACCGAUCACUUUGCAACAAUGUUGGAAAGACAGCAAAAGCUCUUGCUGCCGACGCUGGACACACACGCGUCGUAGCUCUC